AUGUCCUUAACAAUGCAACAAAGUGAUAAAGAAAAAGCCUCAGAAAAACCUUCUGAAACUAUUAUUGAGGAAAAAGAUUUAAUAAGCCAACAAACUAUACAAAAUGAAAAUAUGUCAAAUUCGAUAACAACUACGACUACAACCACAAAACCAACCCAACCUUCACCAUUAUCAGCUGAGCAAAUAAUACGAAAUAAUUCCAAAUCAACAGAAUUAAAAAAUGCAUCAUCUCAAGAAACCCCAUCAAAUCCACCACCACCAACACCAUCAAAUCCCCAAUCAUCAAAUCCCCAAUCAUCAAAUCUUCAACCAUCAAUAACAGUUACUAAAGAAAGUGGUAUGGAACCAGACUCGCCAACCAUUUCAUCAACUAAAAAGGUAAAGUAUUUCCCUUUAACACCUUAUCUUGAUAAAUUGGAUCAAAUUAAAAAAGUACAAGAAAUCAGUGCCGAUGAUAUGAUGAAUGAUCCAAAUUUAUUAAAGAUGUUUGAUGAUGAUAAAAUGUUUUUAAGUACACCUGAAAAGAAUUCAUCUUCAUCAUCAUCAUCAGUAUCUUCACAUUCUGAUAGAAUUGAUAGUAGUGGUGAAGUAGAUUUUUUUGAUUUAUACGGUUCAUUAUCAGAUAGUGAUGAUUCUAGAGUUUCAUCUCCAUCAGUGGAUCUUUCAGAUUCAUCAUCAAUAGCAUCUCCAUCAUCAACACCAGUAAUCAAUGCAACCCCACAAUUAGUUUCAAUCUCCGAAUCUAAUGAAAAUGAUUUAUCAAUAUCAAUAUCAACUUCACCACCAAACCAAUCUUCAAUGAAAAUCGACGAUAAUAAAAAACCAAUAAAUGAAGGAGAGAAAAUUAUACAAAUUGAAAAUGAAAUAAAAGAACAAACUUAUUUGGAAACUAUUAAAAAUGUUGAAAACACAGUAUCAAAAACAUCAACCAUAGCAACAACACCAACACCAACAUCAACACCAACACCAACACCAAAAUCAACACCAACACCAAAAUCAACACCAACGACAACAACAACUACCACAUCUGUAAAUAAUAUAACACCAACCAUGGUUUCGAAUGAAAAACAAACCACUACAACAACCACUAAAACUAAAACAUCACCACCACCACCAACACCACCACCAACAUCACCAACAUCAACAACAUCACCAACGUCAUCAACACCACCAACACCACCAACACCACCAACACCACCAACACUACCAACUAAAAUAACAAAAAAAUCUUCCACAAAUAAAACAUCAGAAAAAAAAGAGGAAACAAAUAAUCAAAAAGAACAACCAUCAUCAUCAUCAUCAUCGUCAUCAUCAUUAAAAAAGAAUAUAGUUCAAAAACAGAUUAAAAAAAUUAAAGUAAAAAUUGAAGAUAUGGCAAACAAAAAAUAUCCAAAUAGUAAAAGAGUAACCAUCAAUGGUGGGUCAGCACCACCAGAUGAUGAAUAUUAUCAAAAUUUAUUGGAAUACUUAAAGGAGGAACAAGAAUUUAAACCAAGUCCAUUACCAAAAGAAUCAUUAAAGGAUGGACAUGUAUUUAUAGUUUAUGGUGAUUUAACAAAGUUGGUAUGUGAUAUUAGAAUGGUACCAUGUAGUCAUAAUGUAGUAUUUAGAGAUACAAUCAAUGGAUGGUUGAAACCUGAUUGGAUGUUAUUCCCCUUUGAAAUUAGAAAUAAAUUUAAGGAUAUUCGUAUUGAUUUCCGUGAUGGUAGGGAUAGAGUUUAUAAAUUAAAAGAUUGGCCAACUGAAUAUCCAAACAUUUCACAACCAUGGCUUUGCAAUGUGGUUCCAUUCAAACGUGGUAUCGACUCACAUUGUUGUGCCUGGUAUGUAAAAGGUGCAAUUGACUUUUUGGAUAAGGUCGGACACGAUCUUGAAGUCAAUAAGCCGCCCAUCAAAAAUGGAAGAGCAAAACCAUUGGUAAGUCUACCCAUUUUGGGUACUGGUGGGGGUGGCGGUUCCAGAAUUGCCGGUCAAAUUCUAUCAUUGCUAAUUCAUGAACUAUUUGUUGCAACUCGUAAAUGGAAGUAUGAUGUUGUUUUAGUAACAAAUGAAAUUUCAAUGUACACAGCUGCAACCAAUAUAAGAAAAGAAUUAAUAGAAUCAAACCCAACCUUCUCUUCAAUCUAUCGUAAUCUAUUGGGUGAUGAAAUUAUGAAAAAAGCACACACCUUGGGAAAACUAUUAAGAGAGGAUAAAUUGGCAAUAUUCCUUGGUGCUGGUAGUUCUCGAUCAGCAGGAUUACCAACUUGGACAGGUUUACUAGAUAUGUUGGGAGCAAAACUUGGUAUGACAGAAACUGAACUCAGACAAAUGGAACAACUUCAUCAUUUAGAUCGUGCAACAGUAUUAGAAUCUCGAUGGAAAAAACAAUUAAAAAAAUAUUCUGAAAAUAUUAAAACUUCUUCUAAUUCUCCUUCUUCUUCUUCCUAUUCUUCUUCUUCUUCUUCUUCAAAUAUUUUUACACCAUCACUAAAUAAAAUGUUUGAAAAUGAUAAUUUAGAUGGUGCAACAACAACAACAACAACAACAACAUCAACAACAACAAAUGGUUUAAAAACUACAAAAGAAGUUAAUGAUGAAAUUUUAAAAAUUAAAAAUGAAGAGAGACAGAAACAAAUAAGAGAAGAAAAAGAAUUAUUAGAAAAAAAAAACCGUGAAAAAUUAGAAAAGGAACAAAACUUUGAAUAUAUUCAUAAGAAAAUCUAUAAUCAAAUUAAUGUGCCAAUGCAAACAGAGAUUGCAAAUCUAAUGAAGGUAUCACAUGCAGGUUUACCUCAUUUCCUAUUGGCAUCGACACCUGUUCAAGAGAUUGUAACCACAAAUUAUGAUCAAUGUUUUGAGAUUGCUAGUAGAUCUAUUGGGAAGGAAAUUUGUGUUUUACCAUACCAUUCGUUGAAUGGUCGUAAUAAAAGAUGGAUUUUAAAGCUACACGGUUGUGUUUCAAAUCCUAAAGAUAUCAUUAUAACUCGUGAAGAUUACAUUAGAUAUGGGGAUAAGAACGAAGCAUUGUCAGGCAUGGUCCAAGCAUUGUUAAUUACAAAACAUCUAUUAUUUGUUGGUUUCAGUUUAACUGAUGACAAUUUCUAUCAAAUUAUGUCUGCUGUUAAACGUGCGACAUCCACUGGUGAAGACGGCAGUGUCAGAUUAAAGAAUACUUUUGGCACAGCCCUAUUUCUUCAAAGAAAUGAUUUAAUGAAUGAAAUUUGGGGUAAGGAAUUAAAUAUUUUAUAUUUUGAUGAAAAUAAAUCCGAUAUUGCAUGGUGUGCUAGAAAACAAGAAAUCUUCUUGGAAUAUCUAACUGGAGUUUGUAGUAAUAAUAAUACAAGUCAUUUAAUGGAGAAAAGGUUCGAUUGUCUAUUAAAAGAAGGUGAAAAAAUAUUUAGAGAUCGUUUAAUUGAAUUUGUUUCUUCAUUACCUGAAGAAGCAAUUAAAUCUGAUGCUUUCAAAAAGUUUCAUGUAUUUUUAACUGAAAUGGGUUAUGAUAGUAGAAAUUUUUAUUAUUAA